CCUGAAAACAAAGAUUGUUAUCCAGAGUUGUAAGAAAAGAAGAAGAGAAAGAAAGAAUGGAACUCAUGAGUUCCACAACACUCAAUUGUAAACCCUAUCUUUCUCACAAUUUCCUCAUCUCAAGAAGAACUUCAAACACUCAUAUCUCAAACCCUCUUCUUCUUCUCCAAUCAAAUUACACCACAAAUUUCGCUAAACUAACUACUUCAAAUUCCCGCCAACUUAUCUUUCAACAAUCAGCAACUCGUGGAUUCUCUAGUCAACCCGUUGUCUCUACUACUACUCCCGCGUCUGUAAACUCUGAAAAUGACAAAUUACCAGCUGAUAUUGAAGUUACUGAAGUCGAAGAACCUGAUUCUAAAGUUCGGUUAAGUGUGAGUGUUCCUCCAGCUGUUUGUGAAGAUUGCUAUAACAAGGUUCUCGCCGAAAUGACCAAGAUAGCUAAGGUCCCCGGUUUUCGUCCGGGACAAAAAGUCCCAGAAAAUAUACUUGUGAGUUAUCAUGGUAAAUCAUUUGUACGAAAGGCUACGAUUGAAGCAAUUCUAAAGAGGACGCUUUCACAUGCUAUGGAUUCGGUAAAAGGAAGGGCCUUAAAAGAUUCUGUUCGAAUUAUUACUAAAUUUUCAGAGAUGGAUGAAUCAUUUAACUUCCCACAUGGUUAUUUGAGAUACGACUGUGUGGUUGAUGUGGCACCUGCGGCUAAAUGGAUUCCUGAGGAUGGAUAUAAGAAUUUGAGAAUAGUUGUUGAGAUAGACCAAGAGAUCGAUGCUCAAACGGCUUGUGAGGCUGAGAUAAAGAGACGUCAUAAGGCUCUUGGCAUACUGAGAAUUGUGACUGACAGAGGCCUACAGGUUGGUGAUGUUGCAGUUUUGGAUAUAUCCACUCUAAAAGCUACGGAAGAUGAUUCCGAGGGCGAAAAAAUUCCAUCUGCAGAGAGUAAAGGUUUUCAAUUGGAUACAGAAGAAGCUGACAACCUUCCUCCUGGAUUCCUUGAUUCAAUAAUUGGUAUUAAAGGAGGAGAAACCAAAACAUUCUCACUUGCGUUUCCAGACUCAUGGAGACAAGAAAAUCUACGAGGUGUUGUUGCUCAAUAUACUGUCAUAUGCAAAGAACUAUUCUAUAGAGAGUUACCCGCACUGGAUGAUUCUCUCGCUGAAAAGCUUCUUUCUGGCUGCACGACCUUGAUUGAGGUAAGAGAAUCGAUAUUGGAGAGAUGUAAAGAAAUAGAACAAAUAGCUAAGGAACAAGCAACAGACAAUGCAAUUCUUGAUCAGCUAUGCAAGAUGAUUCAAAUUGAUAUUCCUCGAACCUUGUUUGAGGAACAAGGCAGGCAGCUAUAUGGAGCCAAACUUUUAGAGUUACAGGCAAAGAUGAAACUAGAUGAACAACAGCUGGCUAAUCUUUCAAGCCCACAAGCAGUGAAGGAAUACCUAGAAUACGAGAGGGAAAACAUAACAAGUAUGGUGAAACAGAGUCUUGCAGUAGGCGAUAUAUUUAAGCGCGAAAAUCUGCAGUUCCAUACAGAAGAUCUAGUAAAAGAGGUUGAGAAUUCCAUUGAUGAAUUCAAGCGCAAUAAUCAAGAGUAUGAUGAGGAGCGUGUAAAGGAUCAGGUGCAAGAAAUACUCGAGGGAUCGAAGGUACUCGAAUGGUUACGAGACCAUGCCACAAUUGAGUAUGUAGUGCGUUGAGAAGGAAUCUAUUCUAGUAGAGUGGUGAUGAUUCCUCUGAACAACUCCUACUGGUGCCAUCUUAUCCUCUCUUCUUCUUUCUUUCUUUUUUUGAUUUUGAAAUUUGCAUUUUCUUUCCGAAGGAAAUAAUGGUAUAUGGUACCAAGUUUUGUAUGAGCUAGGUGGUUCUUAGUCAUGGACUGCAAUGAGAGUUGUAGGGUACUUGCCUAUUCUGAUGGCUAGUGUUCUAAAACAUCAUUCACAUUUUCACCAUCAUAAUCUUGUAGAAAAAAGUUGCAACUUACUACAAAUAGAAGCAUGAUACCAAUCUUUCCUUGUG